AAAUGCGUUAUUUAGUGAUCUUUGUGACGUUCUUCAUUUUUAGUGUCGUGGUGGUCGUGGCGGAUGGGAGGAAGAUUAGCAUGCAAAGAGAAACUUAUACUAUUAAACGCCGUGCACCAUCUGAGACUACUGUGAAUUUUUCUUAUUAUUGGCAACCUGACGAGAUCAACCAAUAUCUGCGCAAUCUGGCCGCCAAGUAUCCCAAUUUGGUGACUCUUGAAAUGGCUGGAAAGAGUUAUGAAGGCCGCGAUAUCCUUGUGGUCAGGAUCUCGACCACAAACUUCGAUGGAACUAAACCCAAAAUCUUCAUUGAUGCCGGAAUUCACGCCCGCGAGUGGAUCGCUCCGAUGGCUGCGCUCAAUAUUAUUCACGAACUUGUGGAGCAUUCGGCUGAUCAUGCGGAUUUCCUUGCCUGCGACUGGAUCGUCAUUCCUAGCGUGAAUCCUGAUGGUUACCAGUUUAGCCACGAUAAAACUAUUUGUGAUCAGGUACGCAUGUGGCGAAAAACGCGAUCAAUUAACGCGGGAAGUGAGUGUAAAGGAGUUGAUGGAAACAGGAAUUAUGAUUACAACUGGGCCUUCAAUUCUGGCAACAGUGAUGAUCCUUGCUCUGACACCUUUCGUGGUCCGAAACCUCACUCUGAGCCCGAAGUUCAGGCUGUUGCUAAAGAGUUGGCCAGAGAUGCUGCUGGAAUUCGCUUGUAUCUCAGCCUCCACGCUUCAGGAAAUUACAUUCUCUUCCCCUGGGGAUAUGAUCGUGUCCAUCACACGAAUCACAAUGAGCUCGAGAAACUCGGUCACCUCGUGGCGGACGCGAUUUAUGCAACUCAUAAGCGUCGCUUUCAAGUUGGAACUGCAGCCAUUCUCCUCUAUCCAGCAGCUGGAGGAAGCGAUGACUAUGCAAUUGGCGUGCAUAACAUCAGUCUCUCUUACACACUCGAGCUAACUGGCGGCGGAGAGGAAGGAUUUGAUUUGCCAGCAAAUCAAAUUGUUGCGGUGUCUCAAGAAAUCUUCACCGGAAUUCGUGUUUUUGCUAAUUAUAUAGCUUCUAAAAGUUAAAUCUGAACAGUGGAAGAAGUAUUAAAUGAUCA